AUGCUCCGUCCCCUGGGGAGUGCCAAGUGUCCCUGCCCGGGGACAAGAUGGGGAGCGCUCCGGCUGCUCCUGGUGGCAAGGGACCCCCAUGCUGACCCCCAUCCCCGGCAGGGCUCGGAGAGCUGGGAGGUGUUGGAGGAGCCACGUGCGCGGGGCAGCUCGGGCCAGGAGCCGCAGCGGCACGAGGGGUACCUGCUCAAGAAGAGGAAAUGGCCCCUGAAGGGCUGGCACAAGAGGUACUUUGUGCUGGAAAACGGCAUCCUGAAAUAUGCCACCACACGUCAGGAUGUCCUCAAGGGCAAACUGCAUGGAGCCAUCGAUGUCCGUCAGUCCGUCAUGUCCGUCAACAAGAAGGCGCAGCGGGUUGACCUGGACACGGAGGAGAACAUCUACCACCUCAAGGUGCUG